GUCGUCCUAGCGGUGGGUAGCAUCGUCUUUGUUGCUCCCAAGAUCUCAUCAUGAUCGGAUCGAAAAAGCGAACGGCGGGCAGUGGCAGCUCAGCAGGAUCAAAACGGCGGCGGCGAACUGCAGGCGGCGACGACGGUCCUUCGUCAAAAAAGCAGCCGUCGAUUCGGUGCGAAGGCGCAGCCGACGGCCCUUGGUGGUCGAGUGCGAUGGACGGCUGGAGUUUGUUCAAAGCCUUUUGCGACAGCACGGCCCUGCACGGCCUCAGGUACAUCACCGCCGAAGGCAUGCCCGUCGCACACAGGGUGGUGUGGGUGGUGACGUGUUUCGCGGGCCUGUUCGGCGCCGGCUGGCUCAUCUGGUCCAUUUGGCUGCGCUACCACCACAGCCCGACCGUCACCAUGGUGCAGGACACCUCCUACCCCCUCUACCACAUACCCUUCCCGGCGGUCACCGUCUGCAGCGUCAACAAGGUGCUCAGGGCCGAGGCCGUCAAUUUCGUCCAAGAGUACACGGGGAAAAACGGCAGCGAUGAGACGGCGCCGUAUCUGGCUGUGGUGGGCGCCCUCGGUCUCAUCAGCUACCCCACCUACCACCGACCCUUCCAGUUUUUGAAUUACAACAUGAGUGGUCGUCCACUGAUGAAAGACGUAAACGUGACGCAAUUGAUGCUGCGCGUGAUGCCGCGAUGCUCGGACAUUCUGGUCGCGUGUUUCUGGAAGGGCAUGAAGAUCAACUGCUGCGACACCUUCCGCGUGCAGCGAACCGAGGAGGGCUUUUGCUACUCGUUCAACUCCAGGACGGCCGAACGAGCCGACGGACAGCCCUGGAUCGACGACGAGUCUCAACUGCUGCGUAAUAACGCAGCUGGGGCAACAACGGGCCUCGAAGUGUUCUUCAAAGGUCAAGAGGGACAGGCGAUCGAGGGCUUCGAUAUCCUGCGCGGCGUCAACGUGCACGUCCACCACCCGGACUCGUUCCCCGACGUGGCCAAGGGGCUCUUUGUGCCCGAGGCAAAGACGCACGUUCUGAUGGCGCAGGUAAUGCAGGUGUCGCCGUCGCAAACCGAGAGCACGGAGGAGGUGCGCGCCAUCGACCUGGCGCUCCGAAGGUGCUACUUCCCUGGCGAAGGUCGCGUCACAGGUCUGCCGAUGGCCGGUGGCUAUCAGCAGGACAGCUGCUUCAUGGCGUGCCGAAUGCACUUCCUGGCCGCCGCCUGCAACUGCACGCCCUACUUUUUUCCCAGGAACAUAGGCGUGCGCGAAUGUGGAGCCAUCGAUCUCGAGUGUCUGAGCAGGAACAACGCUGCCACGAGGAGCAACAAGCCGCCACGUGGAACCCCAGGUUUCCACACAGACGAAUCGGCGCUGGACUGUCAGUGUUUGCCGCCGUGCACCGAGACCCAGUACAGCGUUGAAAGCAACUAUAUACAAACGGGAAACCUGGAGCUAAAAAGCGGUGAUGGCUACGUGGACAUUUUCUACAAACAGAUGGGCGGCGUGCGAUUCAUGAAGGAUGUAAUGUUUGGAUGGAUGGAUUUACUUGUUGCCUUUGGGGGCAUUGCCGGGCUCUUCCUUGGCUUCAGUCUGCUGAGCGGUGCCGAGUUGGUCUAUUGGAUUUUUGCUGGCGUCGCAGUUUGCCUAAGGUGGAGGCGUGAGAGACGGGAAAAGGGCACCCGUGCGUUGGUGCGCCGCAGCAGUUGGCUGCUGGACAUUGCAAGGGUGCGCGGCCUCACCCGCACGCCCUCGGCAGAAAAGCGUUCGCCAGCCGCAAACUCGGCUAAGGACGAUUUCAUUGCCGUCAACGGAGUCCAGCAGCAGAUCACCAGCGUUUUCUGAAUCUUGCGAAUUUAAAAUUAUACGGGUUUCAAAAAAUAAUAUGUCAUGGGGUGACUGUGCAAAAGCCCAGGGCGUCAUAGCCCUGAAGAGAAAACGCAGACAAAAUUAGCGCAACCACUUAUAAAAAAUUAAUAAAGGAAAUCUUUGAAGAAUUACACGGAACAUACAUACAUAAAGCUGUCGUAAAUUAAAAAUUAAAUAUUUUUCUUGGGUAUGUAUUUUUAUCAACUGCAGAUGUCUAAAUACUCAUCAAAUUUAAAAGUGGAAGGAUUUUGACUGAUCUAAUUUUGAAUGAAACUUGAAUUUAGUUGACUGGGGAAAUUUUAAUGAGUGGAAUAAUAUGCAUUUUACUUAAAUUGCUGCAAAAUCUAUAUUUUAUCCCAAGAAAAGAGAUCCAUUAAUGUUGACUGCUAAUUGUUAAUUUUAUUUUAUGUUCUGCAUUCUCCUUAAAUCUGCUUAUUAAGUACCGAGUGGUACGGUGUAUAUUUUAAUUAUGAAGGGAAUAUUUUGAAUUAAUUAUUAAUGAUGCAAUUAUUUGAAAUUAAUAGACAAAGGCUCCUUAAUUGCAAAUCUCUCUUUGUCUAAAUAUUAUUAAAUAUAUUAUGUACCUGUCUAGGUGUCCAAAAAGCACAUCAAAAAUAUUUUAUGUUUGAUGUAAUUUAAGUUGUUUUGAAAAUUAAAUGUUCCUUAUUAUAUGUUGUUUUUUACAGCAGCAUAAAGCAAUUUACUAAAUAUCAUUUUAAUUUAAGAAUAUUGUAGUGGAGAGAUUUCAAAUUUAUCUGUUUUAUAUUUCCUGUCCCCGCAAUUUCUAUAAUCCGUCCACUUCACUCCAUCCACUAAGACGCGUGAUAAGCCAAAGGUCUCGUUUUAUUUGUCAUAAAUUGAUCUUAAACUAUUUUAAUGUUAUAAAUUGAAGUUGUAACGUAAUUUUGUGUAAUUGUCCUGCAGUCUGUAAAAGCAGAGCGGAAAAUAGCAUUCCUGCUGUUUGCACAGAAAGAGAAAUGUGAAUGACAGGGUUUCAAUUUAUGACCAAUAAAAAUUAUUUAAAGGCA